AGAGAGAGAGCGACGCGACGAAGGUAGGGGAAGUUGGCGAGGAAGCGAGAGGGAGAAAGGCAAAUGGAGAGAGAGGAAGAUUAUACUAUAUUCUACUAUGUUGGUUCGGAGCGAGCGAAAGGGAGCACGGUGGGAGGAUAAGGAUGGAGUGGAUGCCGGGUAUCGAUCGGUCGGGCUGAAAACUACCCUUCGAGGAAGAGGCGCAGUGUGCAAAACCGACCACGUACGAGUCGGUGGUGCUCGUGGUGCUCGCGGUCCACGCGGAUCUCUACGCUCUUUCUAACUCUUAGACUUUUUCCCACUUGCGUGUGCCUCGUACGACCGCGAUUGUCGUUCGGUAUUCCCACAAUUCGGUGGGAUUACCGGUGCGCUACGAGGCAACCGAUUUCCACGAUUUUAACGAGGGUGCUAUAAGGACGUGCCGUUUCGAUCACUAACUCUAAAGGUGAGAGAUCUGCUCUAUCGUUGUUCGUGUCCAGAGUGCAAGCCAGAAGUGUCAUCACCACAACCAACACCAUGGCGUUCGCGGGUUUGAAGAAACAGAUUAACAAAGCCAAUCAGUAUAUGACUGAGAAGAUGGGCGGAGCGGAAGGAACCAAGCUCGACGUCGACUUUAUGGAUAUGGAGAGGAAAACGGACGUCACGUACGAGCUGGUGGAGGAGUUACAAAUGAAAACGAAAGAGUUCCUUCAGCCAAAUCCCACAGCAAGAGCGAAGAUGGCCGCGGUCAAGGGCAUCAGCAAGCUCAGCGGUCAAGCGAAGGCCUCGACUUAUCCCCAGCCAGAAGGUGUUCUCGGCGAUUGUAUGCUUACUUAUGGAAAGAAAUUAGGGGAGGAUAGUAUUUUUGCUCAGGCUCUCAUUGAAAUGGGCGAGGCGAUGAAGCAGAUGGCAGACGUGAAAUAUUCGUUGGACGACAACAUUAAACAAAACUUCCUUGAGCCUCUGCACCAUUUGCAGACUAAAGAUCUGAAAGAAGUGAUGCAUCACCGGAAAAAACUUCAGGGACGAAGGCUGGACUUCGAUUGCAAGAGAAGACGUCAAGCGAAAGCCGGAAAAAGAUCUAGCAGUCCUCAUUUUGGAAGUCCAGCGAAAAGUUCAUCACCGUAUACUGGUUCUCACGUUUCAGACGACGAGAUUCGUCAAGCUGAGGAAAAAUUCGCUGAGAGUCUCCACCUAGCACAAUUGGGCAUGUUCAAUCUUUUGGAAAAUGACGUAGAACAAGUGGCACAGUUGGCAACAUUCAGUGAAGCUCUUCUGGAGUAUCAUCAACAAUGUACUGAAAUUCUGAGAACAUUAACAGAGACACUUUUAGAGAAAAAAGACGAAGCGGCGAAUAAACCAAAACUGGAAUUUGUACCGAAAACAUUGGCCGAUUUGCACGUCGAUGGAUUACCUACAUCGGAUGCUAUGAACGGUGGGAACUUCUCCCUCCAUGGGGCAAGUCGAGCCGGGUCUCCAAUUCAUGUGGAGGGGAAGCGCUCGCAGCUCGAGCUAUUUCCAGCCGGAAACCCGCCACAAUCUGCCAAUGGGCAAGAAACUUCUCCCUUACCAUCUCCAAGCAAAUCGCCAGCCAGGACUCCGAUGACAAGACAACCAUGUUGCACAGCUUUGUACGAUUUCGAAGCAGAAAAUCCUGGAGAACUCGGCUUCAAAGAGAACGAUACGAUCACUCUGACCAGGAAAAUCGACGAAAAUUGGUUCGAGGGUACCUUGAACGGUCGUACGGGUUAUUUCCCAGUAACUUAUGUGCAAGUCGUAGUGCCAUUACCUUAAGGAGACGCAAUGCGUCUCGUAACCAAAGACCCUGCAUUCGUUCACCAGCGUUUACCAUGAGAAUUAUCUUAUGCUCCGAAUAGCCUAAAAAUCUCUUUCAAGACUACUCUCUAUUGAAAUUACUUACGUUAUGGUUCCCGCUUGUUCGAAACGGAUGGAUCUUCAUGUUUUACUCUA